GUAGCCUUGGAGAAGUUUUGUUUACUUCCGGGCUUCUGAACCAGAGGGGGUACCAACGCGCCCACAACACGCAGCAAAGCGGAUUAAAGCCCCGCAGAGAUGGCAGAGGAGGCUGAAGACGAAAUACCGGAUUCGGGAGCAGUUUUUACUUUCGGAAAGAGCAAGUUUGCAGAAAACAUCCCCAGUAAAUUCUGGCUAAAAAAUGACGUCCCUCAAACCAUUGCUUGUGGGGAUGAACAUACCGCCUUAAUAACAGAAAACGGGAAGCUCUUCAUGUUUGGCAGCAACAACUGGGGUCAGCUGGGUCUGGGGUCCAAACUCACGGUGAAUAAACCCACCUGUGUCAAAGCUCUGAAGUCUGAGAAAGUUUGUCUAGUCGCGUGUGGACGAAACCACUCGAUCAUCUGCACAGCGCAGGGAAGAGUGUUCUCCUGCGGUGGGAACAGCGAGGGUCAGCUUGGACUUGGAGACUGCGAGGAGAGGACGACCUUCCAGAGAGUCGGGUUCUUCGACUCACAUGGACCAAUCAGGAUGCUCGCAGCUGGCUCAAACACUUCAGCUGCUCUCACAGAUGAUGGAAAACUGUUCAUGUGGGGCGACAACACCGAGGGUCAGAUCGGUCUGGGGAAGGAGAGUCAGGCAUCCUCGCCACAGGAAGUCAGCGUGGGACGUCCCAUCAGCUGGGUGUCCUGCGGGUACUACCACUCUGCUUUAGUCACGGUGGACGGAGCUCUGUACACAUUUGGGGAGCGGGACAGCGGGAAAUUGGGUCUGGGUACCGAGCAGCUUUCUGCACACCGACUUCCUCAACGGGUGAAGAAUAUCAAGGCGCCGGUGAGGAAGGUGGCCUGUGGCGGCGGGCACACGGUUGCGCUUACAGAGGAUGAUGUUUACACCUUUGGCCUGGGUCAGUUCGGACAGCUCGGCCACGGGACGUUCAUCUUUGAGUCUCGGCUGCCGCGUUCAGUCGAACACUUCAGGAAGAACCGGGUGCGUCACGUGUCCUGUGGCGAAAACCACACAGCUGUCAUCGCAGGCGGCGGGCUGCUGUACACGUUUGGAGAUGGCCGACAUGGAAAACUGGGUCUGGGAGAGGAAAACUUCACCAAUCAGUUUAAACCCACGCUGUGUCCGCGCUUUCUGAAGUACGACGUCCAGGCGGCGGCGUGCGGUGGCUGUCACAUGGUUGUUCUGGCCCGACCCAGAGAUCCCCUCGCCGCUGAAGUGACUCUGGAGGAGGACGACGUGACCGAGGACUUCCUGGAAAAACCCUACGUGGAGCUGCUGGGUGAAACAAACGACUCCUCGACGCUCCAGAGGAGCCUCUCUGCUCGGGUUCGCCGAAGGGAGAGGGAACGAUCUCCAGACCAGUUCGGAACCACGUUACAGACUUUGCCCUCCAUGAUGCCCAGCCUCCGUCAGCUCCCUCUUCCUGUCUCCCGUCAGACCGCCCCACCCGGACUGCCCCCACCUGAGCUGAGCCACAGAAAGGUCCCAAACCAGCAGGAGAGCUCCGACUCCACCCAGCAGGAGCAGCCGAACGGAGAGGCAGACGGCGUUGUGGCGAGCCUGACGGACACCGACAGCGUUGGAGGCCUUGGAGAAACCACAGACUUCCUCAACAUGACACAUGUGAUGAAGAUGGAUCCCAGUGAUAAAUCACUGACGCUGUCUCCUCUGCAGAAGAGGAAGGGUAAGUCCAUAAAAGAACACAAGUCAGAGGAGAGAAGUGACUCUCGUAGCCGGGCGUUACCCACCGAGCUGCUGAAGAGCAGCGGCUCUUUGGCCUCUCCAAAUCUGCAGAAACAGAAGAAGACAAGCCAGAACAACGAGAACCUCAUCUUGGCUGUGGAGCAGCUGGGAAGGAGACCGAACAAAAAACAAGUUCCAAGUGUCGAUGAAGUCAAGAAGCCAGCAUUCAAACGGCAUCCUAAACCAGCUCAGGGUGGAAAACAGCUGAUGGGAGUGAGCAGGAAGCCAGCAGCAGCCUGGAAACCAAGUCCAGAAACCAGACAGAAGGUUUUAAGUGCCACAGCUAAAAGGGGGGAGUCCAAACCGCUGAGGGUUAAAAGUAAACCGACAAUCAGCUCUCCUGCUCAAACAGACUCACCUGGUUCCCACCUGAAGAACCUAACUGAUGAAGAGAGUGGAAGGAGCUCUCAGCCAAUCACAGAGGAGAAACCCGCUUCCGAACCAAAACAAAACACAGACUUAUCAAAAAAGUCAAAGGAUCUGAAAAACAAAAGAGAAGCUCUGAAUAAAAAAUCGUCAGAUCUGUGUCUGCUUGCUGGAGCUGCAUCACUGGCAGCGGGAGCCGUUUUAGUCCAAGAAAUGAGAUCCAGGAUCACAUCCAGCUCUCCGUCACCCUCCGAGAGGAGCCACGGUUUUCCUCUGAGCGCUGCGACCAGAUCAGGAAGUGAGGAGUCCAGAGAUUUUAGCAACAAAUCAGUUGUUAGCAUUAACAUCAUACCUGCUGCUGAGCCUCCAGAACAGGGGACGAGUCGGGAUGGGGACACAAGUCAGGACCAGAAAGACACGAGACAGGACGAAGAUACAAGUGAAGAUGUGAAGAACACAAGUAAGGAUACAAGCUGGGACGAGAAGGACACGAGUCAGGAUGAAGGCGAGGAGCUGACAGGUUCUGUAUUGGGACGGGAGGAGGAGGAGGAGGAAAGCAGGAGAACCAGCCCAGAUAUGAGUCAAGAAGAAGAGGAGGUCAGUGAUCCGAAUAAAAAUGAAGAGGACAGCAACACUCUUCAAUCAGAACACUCAUCUGAAGCUGGGGAAGACGAGGAGGAAGAGGAGAAAACAAGUGGGGCUACAGAUAGUGAAGAUUAUAUGAAAGAGAAGGAGAGGAAGCGCCAAGAAGUAGAGGAGGAAGAAGAGGAGGAGGAAGGGUCGAGUCAAGAGACUGAGAGUAAAGGAAGUGAGACUGAAAACGAGGAAGAAGAGGAAAGUUUGAAAAGCAAGAGUGAGGAAGAAGAGGAUGAAAGUGAGAUGUCUAAGUUAUCAGAGCAUGAAGAAGAGAAUGAGGAAGAGAGCAAAGAGGCAGAAGAAGAUGAAAAACAAACUAGUGCUGAAGAGGAGAGCAAAAGUGAAGAAACUGAGGGAGAAGAAGAAAGUGAAAAUGAAGAAGAGGGUGAGGGAAAAAGUGAAGAAGAGGAAGAAUGUGAAGAGGAGGAGGAAGAGGAGGAAGGAAGUGACAAUGAACAAGAAGAAGAAGAAAGUGAAAAAGAAGAGGAUGAGGAAGAGGAGGAAGGAAGUGAUGAUGAACAAGAAGAGGAAGAAAGUCAAAAGGAAGAGGAGGAAGGAAGUGAUGAUGAACAAGAAGAGGAAGAAAGUGAAAAAGAAGAAGCUGAAGAGGAGGAGGAUGAAGAGGAAGAAGAAGAAGCUCAAGAGGAAGAUGAGGAGGAUGAAGAAGAAGCUCAAAAGGAGGAUGAGGAGGAUGAAGAGGAAGAAGAAGCUCAAGAGGAAGAUGAGGAGGAUGAAGAAGAAGCUCAAAAGGAGGAUGAGGAGGAUGAAGAGGAAGAAGAAGCUCAAAAGGAGGAUGAGGAGGAUGAAGAGGAAAAAGAAGCUGAAGAGGAGGAGGAUGAUGAAGAAGAAGAGGAGGGGGAGGAGGAAAUGGAUGAGGAAGAGGAGCAGCUUGUUAAAAAGAAAACCUCUUCAGAUCCAAAAGGACAAAGUAGUAAAUCUGCAGCUGAAAUCAAAAGAAGGUCAGGAGGUAAAGGUCCAUCAGCCGGUGAGGAAGAGGAGUUCUGGGAUGAUGUUUUACCCAAAUACCUCCACUUGAAGUAACAGUAGCUCUCUGACCAGUCAACCCACCAACCAACCAGUCAACUCACCAACCAACCAGUCAACUCAACAACCAGUUAGCUGACCCACCAAUCGACCAGAGAGACGAGAACCUAACCCAAACCCAUUGGUCUCAAACGGCUGUAGGACCCCAGCCCCAUGUGGACCCAUCCCCUGAAAGGCCAUGUGAGCUGGUGAAACUAGUGAACGUGUGAACCAAGUACCGCAGCGAUUUCCUAACGUGAUGAUUCUUGUACAUAUGGCAAUAAAAACCUUCGGAUUUAGAACUAGUGUUAAGAUGAUGAAAUGUCACCUUGUUGCUGGAGAAGAGGCAGGAACUGGUGUUUGAGUUGGGUUCACCACUUCACACAUGACCUGGAAAUCCCUGCUGCUGUUUCCUGCUGCUCCUGCUCCAGACUAGGUUCAGCCAGAGCAAACGCCGUGUGUGAGCGGAGCUCAUAAAUGGACGUGGGACCAGGUCACGCAGACCUACAGCUCUGUCCUGGAAAAGAGCUGCCUGCUGACCACCACCUGGUCUCCAACAGACUUCUGACAUUUUCACACCAGAAUCUCUUGAGAACAUUUAAAGUUUGUGGUUAUUUGGGGAUUUUCAAUAGUUUUAUUAAUUUUUUUUCUCAAGGUUUGUGUUUUGGUCUCAGUUUGUUAUAUUUGAGUUUCACUCUAGAAUUCCACCUGAUGACUCAUCAAUGCCUUUUUAUUUAUUCAGUUUUUCAUCCAUAUGGUGUUUUAAAGAUUUCAGUUCUGUUUGUAAUAAAUGUUGUUUCUACCUUUUUAAAUCACACUCCUCAGCCUCCCUGGAAAGGUCUACUCCAAGGUACUGGAGAGGAGGGGCCGAUCGAUAGUUGAAUCUCAGAUAGAGGAGGAGCAAUGUGGUUUUCGUCCUGGCCGUGGAACUGUGGACCAGCUCUAUACCCUUGCAAGGGUGAUGGAGGGGGCAUGGGAGUUUGCCCAACCAAUCCACAUGUGCUUUGUGGAUUUGGAGAAGGCUUAUGACCGUGUCCCCAGGGGCACCCUGUGGGGGACGCUCCAGGAGUAUGGGGUGGGUGGCUUUCUGUUAAGGGCCAUUCAGUCCCUUUACCAGAGGAGCGUGAGUUUGGUCCGCAUAGCCGGUAGUAAGUCGGACCUGUUCCCAGUGAGGGUUGGACUCCGCCAGGGCUGCCCUUUGUCACCGGUUCUGUUCAUCACUUUUAUGGACAGAAUUUCUAGACGCAGCCGUGGUGUGGAGUGUGUCGAGUUUGGUGGAAGGAGAAUCUCGUCUCUGAUUUUUGCGGAUGAUGUGGUCCUCCUAGCUUCAUCCAGCUCUGACCUUCAGCUCUUGCUGGGUAGGUUCGCGGCCGAGUGUGGAGCGGCUGGGAUGAGGAUCAGCACCUCCAAAUCUGAGACCAUGGUUCUCGACCGGAAAAGGGUGGCUUGCCACCUCCGGGUCGGGGGAGAGGUCCUACCUCAAGUGGAGGAGUUAAGUAUCUCGGGGUCUUGUUCACGAGUGAGGGUAGGAGGGAUCGGGAGAUCGACAGGCGGAUUGGUUCGGCGUCUGCAGUGAUGCGGACGCUGAGCCGAUCUGUCGUGGGGAAGAGGGAGCUGAGCCAGAAAGCCAGGCUCUCGAUUUACCGGUCGAUCUACGUCCCAAUCCUCACCUAUGGUCAUGAGCUUUGGGUAAUGACCGAAAGAACGAGAUCGCGGAUACAAGCGGCUGAAAUGAGUUUCCUCCAUAGGGUGGCCGGGCUCAGCCUUAGGGAUAGGGUGAGGAGCUCGGACAUUCGGGAGGGACUCGGAGUAGAACCGCUGCUCCUCCGGAUCGAAAGGAGCCAGUUGAGGUGGUUUGGGCAUCUGGUCAGGAUGCCUCCUGGACGCCUCCCUGGGGAGGUGUUUUGGGCAUGUCCUGCCGGCAGGAGGCCCCCGGGUCGACCCAGGACACGUUGGAGAGGUUACAUCUCCAAUCUGGUCCGGGAACGCCUUGGAGUCCUGCCGGAGGAGCUGGUGGAGGUGGCCGGGGAGAGGACAGCCUGGAGCUCCCUAGUUGGGAUGCUGCCCCCGCGACCCGGACCCGGAUAAGCGGAGGAAGACGACGACCUUUUUAAAUUGUGUUGCUUCUUUCAUAGAUGUUAAUUUUGAAUAUGAGAAAGUGAUCAACUCACGUUCUUCCUGCUAAUCUGAGUUCUUCAUGUUGAAAUGAAAUGUUUGUUAAUCUAAUCAGAGUAAAAGUGAAACCAAUUCUGAGAUUAUGAACCUUGAGCUCAUCACCACACUCACCCUCUCAUGGGUCUUUGCUACACCAGGUGAUUAAGUUUGGCCUUUAAUGAGUAAAGUUGAGGGUUUUAUUCGUCACUGGCUAAAGUUCAGCUAAUUAAUUUGUGGAUUUACUGGUAAAUUAAUCCUUUAUUUUCAAAAAUCAUCUUAAAUGUCAGGUUUUUUCAUGGCGGAAAAAACGUAAGUGAAAGGUCCUGCAAAGAAAUCCUCUAAGACAGCCUCAGAAAAACGAAAAUUCACACUUUUUUUUGUGUCUGAAUUGUUCUGGCUUAAUAAGCUGAUGAUGUGAGGCUGCAGGAAGAACUCGUCAUCUCAUCAUUUGGUUCUGUCAGGAUCAGGAUGUGGAGACACUGAGAAACAAGGGUGAAAGGGAGGAGGAAGAAGAGGAAGAAGAGGAGGAAGAGGAAGAAGAGGAAGAAGAGGAG